AAAAGAAACUUUCGAGUUCAGAGGUCAGGAAGGGAAAAUGGCUGCGUUGUGCAAGGCGGUGCCCGCUCAUUUCGAGGCGGGCCGGUCGUCACUCCGUCCUUUUCUGUGGAAUUUCAGGCGGCUCUGCAGUGGCGGUAUCAGCGAAGAGCCCGGUCACGGACAGACAGCUGAGGCGGUCCAGUCCGAGGAGAGAAAACGCAGCGGGUUUGCGGCGGCAUUCGAACUGCAUCGAGACUUGCAGCAGAAACAGAAGCCCUCGGUCAAGACACGCGAGUCAUUCGCGUCCCUCCUGCGGCGCUCACCGCUAGUGCAGAUGGGACCCGCUAAGGAUAAAAUCGUGCUGGGGAAGAUCUUUCACGUCGUCGAGGACGAUUUGUAUAUCGACUUUGGGGGCAAGUUUCACUGCGUGUGUAAAAGACCAGCGGUAGAGCCGGAGAAGUACCACCGGGGCGUGCGAGUGCGGCUGCGGCUGCUCGACCUGGAGCUCACCUCCCGCUUCCUGGGCGCGCAUACCGACACCACGCUGCUGGAGGCGGACGCCGUUCUGGUGGGACUGGUGGAGAGCGGCGACCCCAAGGCGAAGGAGCAGAGUUGACCUGGACGUUUACACGGAAAUACUGGCAGGCUGGACUCGUGCAGUUUGGUGUCCGUUUAUAUUUAAGUCGGCCUUCAUUAAGAAGGACAUGACAGCGCGGUGUCCCGGCUGUCUGGACAAAUGCCGGGGUCGAGGUAAAUGACAGCGGUGGGCGCAUCGCGUCGCCUUUCAGUUGCACAACUCGCAAAGUGUAAAGAAUACCAAUUAAAAAAAAGAAGACGUU